AAUAAAAAAUUUAAUAUAUUUAUUACUUUGGUUUCUUCUCCUUCGUUUUUCUUCCAUGGAAUCCUCCCUCUCUCUCUCUCAUAUGGCCUCUUCGCAAUUCCGAAUUUUCUCGCUCUAACCUUUCCUCUCCUCAUCUCUCUCUUUCUCCUUCCAAAUCCAUUUUUCUCGUUUCUUUUCCGAGAAAGUUCAUUCACAUUGCUGAUUUGUGCUUGUGUAUCUGCCGAUUCCGCUCUGUUUCUAUCCAAUUAUCUUACACGCUUUUAUGCCUGUUCUCUGAUGUAUGGGCUUGAUUUGAAGUCAAUGUAAUCAAAAUCAAAAUGGAUUUACUAUGAUAAAGACAUCACCCAGUCAACUGGGGUUGUGAAGGUUGCAACAUGUUGACGGACUGCUUCCUUUUUGUGGAUCAUUUCUACAAUGAAAAGUGGAUUAUUGAUGACACUAAAUGCUUCAUGCUACAUUUUAACCCUAACCCACGUCUGCAAACUAAGUGCCAACACUGCGUUGACAGUUAGCCAUGACUUCAUGGAAUCUGUCCUAGUCUCUCCAAAGUGUCAUUGGUUGUAGUGUUGUAGUUCUAAUAAUGGAAAGAUAUAAACUUUUGAGAGAGCUUGGAGAUGGUUCUUGCGGUCAUGUAUAUAAAGCCCGUGAUAUGAGAACUUAUGAAAUUGUUGCUGUCAAAAGGUUGAAAAGAAAGUUUUGUUUCUGGGAAGAAUACACAAAUUUAAGGGAAGUUAAGGCCCUCCGUAAAAUGAAUCACCCAAAUAUCAUAAAGUUGAAAGAGGUUGUUAAAGAAAAUAAUGAACUGUUUUUCAUUUUUGAAUACAUGGAUGGUAAUCUUUAUCAAUUAAUAAAGGAAAGAGAAAAGCCCUUUUCCGAGGAAGUGAUACGAUGCUUUAUGAGUCAAGUGCUACAUGGACUAAGUCACAUGCACAAGAAAGGAUUCUUUCAUCGGGAUUUAAAACCUGAAAAUUUGCUGGUAACAAAUGAUGUUCUUAAAAUUGCUGAUUUUGGACUGGCUAGAGAAGUAUCAUCAAUGCCUCCAUAUACUCAAUAUGUUUCAACGCGGUGGUAUCGAGCUCCUGAAGUUUUGUUGCAAUCCCCGUGUUAUACUCCUGCUGUUGACAUGUGGGCUGUUGGUGCUAUAUUAGCUGAGCUUUUUACUUUGACCCCAUUAUUUCCUGGUGAAAGUGAAAUAGAUCAACUGUACAAAGUAUAUAGCAUUCUUGGCAUGCCAGAUUCAACUGCUUUCACUAUAGGGGCAAACAACUCUCGGCUAUUGGACCUAGUUGGUCAUGAAGUUGUUCCACCUAUGAAGCUAUCUGAUAUUAUUCCAAAUGCUAGUUUGGAAGCUAUAGACUUGAUCACUCAACUGCUGUCAUGGGACCCAUCAAGAAGGCCAGAUGCAGAUCAGUCAUUGCAACAUCCAUUUUUCCAAGUGGAUGCAUGGGUUCCUUGUCCACUCAGUGAUCCACUUGAGCUGAAGCUGAGUAGCAAGAGGGCAAAGCCAAAUCUUGAGCUGAAACUACAGGAUUUUGGCCCUGAUCCCGAUGAUUGUUUUCUUGGCUUGACAUUAGCUGUAAAGCCCAGUGUUUCAAACUUGGAUGUGGUCCAAAAUGUAUCUCAGGGUGUUGGAGAGAACGUACUAUUUUGCACGGAUUUUAAUGAUAAUUCAGAUCAGUCAGUAUUUUGGACGUUAUUAAAUCCUGAUCAAAAUGGAGUUCAUAACUCAGCAGAGACUUCUUUGUCAUUGUCAUUCGGUUCAGUUCAGCAUCAGCCAAUUGGAGUUCCACAAUCAGCCGGAUUUUCUUUUCAGCCUUUGCAGCCUAACAUAUUAACUACACCAUUUUUGGCUCUGUCUUCCCCAUUCCAGCGUGGGCACUGCCUUUGAAUGAUUAAUUGAACUUUGAAUGAUGCAGUAUUAUCAUGAAUCUUUAUAAUGCAUAUAACAGUUUUUAUUUAAGUUAAUAUUCUGUACAGCUCUCUUUAGCAUUUAAAUAGUUUCUCCUUAGCAUGAAAUAUAAUGUAAUUACACAUCAAAUUCUACAAAAAUACUUGAUUCCAUUCCUUAACUGUAACAUUCAAUUUCAGUAUUUUUUCUCUGAACUGAAAUAGAGAAUUCGGAAAUCAGGUGU